CAGGCACGGUGCGAAAGAGACCGCGAACAGAACAAUCAAAAUCUGGUAUAGAAUCUGGGAUGGAUCGAGGUCAAAGGUGGGAAAUUAAUUGAAACUGGAACAUAUCAUAUGAUUCCGUGAUGGAAGUGCGUGCAUCAUCAUCAUCAUCGAGGAGGAUUUUGUUGCUUAUUCUGUUUAUCUUUAGCUUUUCACCAACAAUCACUGCAAUUAGGAAGGAUGUUAGCUUUCAAACCAUCCAUCCCUGCAAAACCACCGUUCAAGGCAGAUACCUCCUUUCAGAUGAAAACGGUUAUGUGUGUAAUGCUUUGUCUGUUAAUUCACGCUCUCGUUGCUGCCCUCCGAAGGGGGAGAAAUUUUCUUGUCAUGAAUGCAAUCUUCUUUCACAAUGCUGCAACUCUUAUGAAUAUUGUGUUUCCUGCUGCCUCAAUCCUGCUCUGACGAGUAAGGAACAAGUGCUGAAGAUGAAGGUUGCUAAGCCUGCUACUGCAAGAACUUAUACAAGUGUUUUUGACUACUGUGCUGGGAGAUGCCGUCAUAGUUCCGAGAGUGUGGUCCAUGAAAAUGCUUACAUUAGUGACUUCCACCACUGCUUUUCUCUGCCAUCGAAUUCUUCAUCAGGGAAAAAUAGUACUCUCAUAGAAGCCAGACUGAAUGGCAUCAAUGUUGUUGUUGGGAGGCAAGGUGAAUCAUGUAAUUCUGUUUGCAAAUCAAGAGGACAAUUAUGCGUCCCAAAUAAACUUGCCGUGCUUAAUAAUUGUGACAUAAUCCAGGAUCUUGUUUGUACACUGAAACAGUGUCUAUGCUUUCUUGUGAUGGUUUACAUCAGCACACAAGGAGACUGUGCCCCUGUGCAUAGUGUUAGCUGGGUACUGGGCUUCAUACUGAAAAUUUUGGUUUGGAAGGAGGCGGCGACUCUUGAUUUAAUGUCACUGACCAAGGAGGCAACUCGUGUACCUCAUCAACCUUUUGGAAAUUUUAUGUACCAUUCAUCUGAGCUUAUGUUGUAAAAAUUAGCUCUUUAUUAUUCCUUCCAAAAUUUUGAAAGAACUCUACUUUGUACAGGCUACUUUCCUCUCCUUGAAUGGAUUAUCGAGAGAGGAAAUGAGAUGACAAAAUGUUGUAGUAUAAAAUUGGUAUGUAUGGUGAAUGUAAAACUUUUAACAUGAUCAACUAAUUAUAAAUACUGUUUUAUGUUUUUAAA